CACUGCCUGCAGCCACCCCGGGCACAGCACAGGGCACAGAGAGAUGAGAGGCAGCCUGGGCUGGGAGGGUGACUGAGCUCUUGCUAGAGGAGAAAUCUUCACAGUGUUUGAAAGAAUAAUUCUCUGGCUAUAGCAAAGCUAAACUUCCAUUCCUGGAGGCUUCUCCUAAGGCUGGCACAUCCCAUGGUUUCCAUGAUCAUUUGGAUGGACUCUCCCAGUUCCUCUGGUGCAGAGCAGGUGGCCACAGGGCAGGCAGGGCAGUACCUGCAGGCAGCAAGGGCAGGCAGCAGGAGUGAGGAAGAGGUUCAAGGUAGCCUGGGGUGGGGGAACAGGAGAGACCCCAUCAGGGGAGAAAUCUGCACAGCCCCCUGGACACGGUGAGUCUCUGGCUGCAGAGCAAUGCAGGUGAGUUGCUGGGAGUGUCUGUGACAAUGCCAGCACUGACAGGACCUGUCAGGGUGGCUCUCUUGGAUGUCCUGGUGUGGAGCAGAAGAAGCUCCAGAGCGGGGCUUCCCUGCUGCUCCCUGAGAGGCACAGGACAGGUCCCUGCACAGGCAGAGCUGUCCCGGGGCCGUGGGGUGGAGAUGGACUCUGUGAGCCCUGGCAGGGAGCGGAGCUGGGCACGGGGAGACGCUGCUGGCAGGAACAGCCCCACUCAGCAGAGACACGGGCAGGGAGGGACAGGGAGCUGCUGCCAGAGAUGCUGGCCAGGGGGAUGUGGGCACCUCCCUGCUGUCCCUGUGCCUCAGACACCUUCCCCCAGCAACUCCUGCCCGGGCUCCUUUCCCAGCCUAAGCAGAGCCCCUGCCCUCAGCCCACGGGGGCUCGGGUGUGCUUUGUCCCUGCAGCAGCCGGAGCCCAGGGAAGGAGAAGCCCCUGAUUUCCAUCAGUCUCUGUGUCCCUCCUCCCCUGGCAGCAGCAUUGUGGCAUUUCCCUGCCAUCCCCAGGUGCCUGUGUGUCCUUGUUGCCACCAGUGGGUUUGCUGAGGCAGUGCAAGGGUUUGGGGGGGGCAGGUGCCUGUCCAGGCAGGGAGCCUUUGGAUGCUGCUGUGGAGAUGUGUCUGUGGGAGCAGAGUGCCCAGCUCUCGCCAUUCAGGGGCCGUUCAGGUGAUUCCCUGGCUGUCCUGCAGGGCUGCAGGGUGCCCUCCAGAAGGGCACAGCUCUCCUGUGGUGUCUCUGGGCUGCCUGGGAUCCCUGUGCAGGAGACAGCUCAGUGCUAGGGCCAGGGAAACGCUGCUGGGCAGCUGCAGCUGGGCAGCUGCAAUGAUCCCUCUGUGCCCCAGCCUGGCAGGAGACAGCUGAGAUCCUAAAGAGACACCCUGAGAGAAGGCGAGGGCUCUGUCACUGUGCUCUCUGAAGCCAGAGCUCUCUGCUCUCAGCAGUGCCCUGUUUCUCUCCAGGGAACUCCUCUGGGUGCCUCUCCUUCAGCUCUAAGCUGCCAGCAAGGAGCAGUGAGAACAGCCCUGAUGGGCAGAGCUGCUCUCUUGUCCCUGCACUGAGACCAUCCCUGUGCCUCUCACACCCACACCAUUUCACCUGCAGUGCAUUAGAAAUGUCAGGCAUUUCAAACACCCACAACCUCUCCUAACUGCAGCAGGUGUGACUGGAUGAACAAAUACAAGGAAUUCCUUCAGCUCAGUUCUUCAGAUGAGCAAAUUGCCAACAGGAAAUCUGAACAGCUUUUUGGUGUAUCACGACUUCAGUUAAUUGGAGAUCAGCCAGUGUUCUCGUUUGCCUCUCACUGCACAAGAAGAAGGAAUCCUCCAGAGCCCAUUUGUGAGUCCCUGCUCUCAGUGCCUGCAAAUCCCAGAGCCCAGAUAAAAAUUUCGUUAGGCAGCAAAUGUCCAACAGCAGCUCCUUCAGCCACUUCCUCCUGCUGGCACUGGCAGACACGCGGCAGCUGCAGCUCCUGCACUUCUGCCUCUUCCUGGGCAUCUCCCUGGCUGCCCUCCUGGGCAACACCCUCAUCAUCAGUGCCAUAGCCUGCAGCCACCACCUGCACAGCCCCAUGUUCUUCUUCCUGCUCAACCUGGCCCUCACUGACCUGGGGUCCAUCUGCACCACUGUGCCCAAAGCCAUGCACAAUUCCGUCUGGGACACCAGGACCAUCUCCUACUCAGGAUGUGCUGCACAGCUGUUUCUGUUUGUCUUUUUCAUCUCAGCAGAGUAUUGUCUCCUGACCAUCAUGUGCUACGACCGCUACGUGUCCAUCUGCAAACCCCUGCACUACGGGACCCUCCUGGGCAGCAGAGCUUGUGCCCACAUGGCAGCAGCUGCCUGGGCCAGUGGCUUUCUCAGUGCUCUGCUGCACACAGCCAAUACAUUUUCCCUGCCCCUGUGCCAGGGCAAUGCCCUGGGCCAGUUCUUCUGUGAAAUCCCACACAUCCUCAAGCUCUCCUGCUCCAAAUCCUACCUCAGGGAACUUGGGCUCAUUGUGCUUAGUGCUUUUCUAUAUUUUGGCUGUUUUGUGUUCAUUGUUUUCUCCUAUGUGCAGAUCUUCAGGGCUGUGCUGAGGAUCCCCUCUGAGCAGGGACGGCACAAAGCCUUUUCCACCUGCCUCCCUCACCUGGCCGUGCUGUCCCUGUUCCUCAGCACUGGCUUUCUGGCCAACCUGAAGCCCCCCUCCAUCUCCUCCCCAUCCCUGGAUCUGGCCCUGUCAGUUCCGUACUCUGUGGUGUCUCCAGCCCUGAACCCCCUCAUCUACAGCCUGAGGAACCAGGAGCUCAAGGCUGCCCUGAGAAAAUUGAUGACUCUGUAUUUUCAGAAGUAUUAAACUCUAUCUUUUCUGCUGCAGAGCCUUUUGAAUGUAACUGUUUGGAAUCUCAGCCUUAGUUUUCCCUAUUUGUGCAUUUAUUCAUUGGUAACUUUUUCUACUGUUGUUGUGU